GAUAAUUAAAAAUAAACUAUUAUAAAUAAAUGAAAAUGAAAUGCUCGCUCACAAGUCCCUUUAAACUACAUGUUGAAAGUAUUUAGUUAAAAUUAACUGUGACAGAAAUAACGUUGUAUCAUGGAUCAGGUGACGGUUAUAUUUUAGUUUGUACUUCUAUUGUUAAUGCUGGGAUUAAUUCAUGUUUUUAAAGACUUAUUACCCUUCAAGUUUCCCACCAAGAAGCAGAUAUACUGCCGUAACUACUUUCUGAAUCCUGCUAGCUUCCUACGACAUCCUUUCUCUUCCGGUAAACCCGCCUCACCGCCUCUUAGCCAAUCACAGGGGCGAUAGCUGCCCCUCGUCCAAUCAUCAGCCGCCUCAGUCUUUUCUGCGUCACAACCAUUCCCUGCACUGCGGCUGCUCUUAUUUUGGCGGCUGUGCGGAAAACAUGGCGGAAAAUUUGAAAGUUUGCAGCGUGCCCUGUAAAGUGUCAUGGGAUGAGCUGGAGGCUCUGUGUCGCACUGCAGGGCUUCACUGUAAAGAGCUUGGGGUGAACAAAGCCAACGUCAAUGAGUAUGAGGUGGAGUUCCUGUGUGACUACAAGAAGACAAAGGAGGAGGAGUUCUACCUGGUGAAGUGGAGGGGCUUUCCUGAGUCGGAGAAUUCCUGGGAACCCAAGAGGAACCUCAAAUGCACCAAGCUGAUGAAGCAGUUCCACCUGGAUCUGGAAAAGGAGCUGAGGCGCCACAAGAGACGCUGCAUCCCCAAAAAGCUGGACAAGGAAGUUUCCACGUUCCUCGUGCAGAAAGCCAAACUCCGUCAGACUCUGCAGCGCUGGGAGAACCACUUGAACCAGACUCGCAACAGCCCCGGUCGAAUUUUUGUCAUCAACGACGUGGACUUCGAGGGCCCGCCGAAAAACUUUACCUACAUCAACAACUACAAAGUAGGGCAGGGCAUCGUGUUGGACGAGAUGGCGGUGGGCUGUGACUGUAAGAACUGCUUCGAGGAUCCGGUGAACGGCUGCUGCCCCGGCGCCUCGCUGCACCGCAUGGCCUACAACGAGAAGGGGCAGCUCCGGAUCAGGGCGGGGAAGCCCAUAUACGAGUGUAACUCUCGGUGCUGCUGUGGCACGGAUUGUCCGAACAGAGUGGUGCAGAAGGGGAUCCAGUUCGACCUUUGCAUCUUUAAGACGGAGAACGGGCGUGGGUGGGGCGUCCGCGCGCUGCAGCACAUCAAGAAGAACACUUUCGUCAUGGAGUACGUGGGCGAGAUCAUCACCACAGACGAAGCGGAGAGGAGGGGUCACGUGUACGACCGCCAAGGCUCCACAUACCUGUUUGACCUGGACUACGUGGAGGACGUGUACACGGUGGACGCAGCUCACCUCGGCAACAUCUCCCACUUUGUCAACCACAGCUGUAACCCCAACCUGCAAGUUUUUAACGUCUUCAUCAACAACAUCGACGAGAGGCUCCCGAGGAUCGCUUUGUUUUCAACGCGGGCCAUUCGGGCAGGAGAGGAGCUCACCUUCGACUACAAGAUGCAGAUCGAUCCAGUGGACACAGAAAGCACCAAAAUGGACUCCAGUUUCAGCCUGGCAGGGCUGCCCAGCUCUCCGAAAAAGAGGACUCGAGUGGAGUGCCGGUGCGGCUCGGACUCGUGUCGAAAGUACCUGUUCUGACGAGGAGACCUCUGCGGAGCAAACACGCCAUCGUCUGUGUAAAGAAGUGGACAUAUGUACAUAUUUGUUUCGUUUGCGAGGGUGAAAUUCGCCGCCAACCUUUUCUAUGUGAAAGCGAUGAACUCUUGGGAGGUAAAAAAAAACACAGAGCAGAGUGUCGAAUGAAUCAAACAGGAAGUAGAAACUCAAUGCUUGUCUGUAGAUUCAGGACUCUUGCAGCGGAUUAUUUCAGUACUUUGAGUAAUUCAUGUUUUUUUUAAACGUUUGUCUCCGUCCUCUUUUUUAAUGGCUAGACAUGUGAAGAUAGAUGUGCGAGCGUGCAUGUACAGAAGAUGACACAUUAAUUUGCAGGGCCGCUGUUGCUGUUGAAGCAUAUUUGACAUUAUUACCAACACAUCGAUUGGAGGCAUUAUUUUUUUUUUUAUCAUAUUAAACGGUCACAAGAGGCGCUCGGCAAACUGUCAAUAUAUUCUAAUGAGAUGAAAUUAACGAGUAAAUUCAGGAGCUUUUCUUGAGAUCUCGACUUAUUCAUCUCGUUAACAACGCUGGCUUUCAUUUCAGUUCAUGUGUUUUAUUUUGUUUUGUUCAAGCAGUACGAUGAAGAGGCGCUGUAGAACUCAAAAUCAGUCCAUUUUUUGAAGGUCUCGUCUCAAAAUCAAAACCAUUUUUACUCGGUCUUGUCUCGGACUCAGACCGGGCAGACUCCAGAUUUGAAAUCAAGACCACUACUGAUAGGAUAUUUUUCCAAGUCAUUACUGUGAACUGUUACUGGAAAGCGUUUUUUUAUCUCAAGAUAAAAAGAUAAUUAUGUUGAGAUCUCGAGAAAACAACGGACAUGUACUCGUUAUCACAGGAGGCUGAAGUUAAGUCAAACAUAAGGAUGCAUGUCCGCUUACAGCUUCAGUAGAAAACGACUAAACCACAGAAUCAGUUCUUGAUUUUGCACUUAAAAACACAAAAAAAAGGACCUUCUUCUUAUGCAGUUUGUUUGCAUUCGUCUAAACUCAGACUUUCACGCUCUCCUGAUCUCUGGCAAAUCUGAAUCCUUUUAGCUUCUUUAAAAAAUUGUGUUUAUUUUUUUUACUCUUUUUUACUCCAUUAUGCUGCUGAUGCUCAGUGGCACUUUGAUUAAAAACUUGAGGCUUUUUCAUUGUUAUGUUUAAGUAUGAACUGCCAGGUCAACGUGUGCAUCUGUUCUGAAUAGAGCCCGGCUGAUAGGGAUUUUUGUGGCCGAUACGAUAAAGAUAUUGGGAAGGAAAAAUAUUAGAUACCAAAAUAUCCCCAAAUAUCUUUGAUUGAUAGAUUGACCUUUGAUCUUUAGAUAUAAAUAUAGAUAAACAUUUAUUGCGUUGUUCCCUCGGAUGAAUAAAUACAACAAAUAAUUCCCAUAGUCCACACAGUCUGACAUUAAGAAAGGAGGUAUUUCAGAGGAUCUUUUGAUCUUUGAAACUCUGGGAUCUAUUACCGGCUUCAGACUACCAAUCAACCGAAACACACCAUGCUGCUCUCUUAAAUAUAUUAAUUACGAGGCAACCGACUUGAACCUGCAGACAAACUGCAGCGAGGGAUUAACACUCAUCUCAGCCGUCCCUGCUGCUCAGUCUGACUCCGCUUUGACUCAUUGCAGUUUCAUGUGGUUUAAAGGGCCAGUUGAUCCAGAGGACAACCAGAACAUUUAAAAAAAAAAAAAACUUUAUUUCCACCCUACAGCGACGUGGUGUCAUUUCUUUUAACUCAUUGUUGUCCUUCUUGUGACUGUUCAGUAUGAAAGUCGUGGUUGAGUAGCUGAUAUGUGUUUGUAUAUAUUUUAAAAUUUUUGUUUUCUUGUACUUUAAAAUGUGGGUGAGGAAAAAAAACUGUAAAUAAAUGCUUAAAAAGUA